AUGGCGACGUCAUCAGAUUUUGCGUUGAAAAUUACGAAGUUGAACGGUUCUAACUACCGGAAUUGGGCGUUUAACAUACGGCUUUACCUAGAAAGUUUGGAUUUAUACGGACAUGUCGAUGGAUCGGCUGUGAGUCCUGGAGAAGGUCCUACUGAUGCUGUGAAACAAGCUUUCAGAACUGCUUCGAAGAAAGCAUGGACGUACAUUUGCUUGGCAAUUGAGUCUGAGCAGAAAAUACACGUAAGAGAUACUACUACUGCAAAAGAAGCCUGGGAUGCGCUCAAAAAUCAAUUUGCACGGGAAUCGAUUUUACAGAAAAUAAGAUUGCGACAACAAUAUUAUACCUGUAAAUUUCAUAGUGGUGGCAACAUGUUAGCGCAUAUAAACAAUAUGAGAUCACUCCAUGACCAACUGAAGGAAAUGGGCAUCAAUGUCGAUGAUAAAGAAUUGGCGAUGACUUUACUUGGUAGUCUUCCUGAAGAAUUCAAGCCUCUGAUCACAGCUUUAGACGCUGUUGGAGAAAAUAAUUUAUCAUAUGAAAAGUAAAAGGAAUACUUUUGAAUGAUGUCGACCGAAAGUCUGAUACGAAAAAGAAUGAAGAUGCUUUUUCUGCACAGCGUGGUUUUGGCGCAAAAGGAAAAAGAUGGUCCCGACAUGGUAACACUCAAGGUGGUGAUGGAAAGUCUUAUGGAAAGGAUUAUCAGAAAGGCGAUGGGAAAUCUGAAAGACCCUUUCAUGGUCUUUGUCAUUUUUGUUAUGAGAGAGUACAUUUUGCAAGAGACUGCCCCAAAAAAAAUCCAAAGAAUAAGAAGUUUGCUAAUGUUGUAAAAGGAGAACAGCAAGAAGAUGUUCACGAGGUCACCAAUCAAGAAGCUUUAUUUACUUCUAAUGAUGAUAGCAAUUGUGGUUGGAUCAUAUAG